AAGGACCCUCAUUCAGAAGCGGUGAUCGGAGAAAAAUCACUGCUACGACUGAGAGAAGAGACCAAAGAGAAGUAUAUUUCGACAUUCGAAUACAAUCCCAGGAAGACGCUAGUGUACGUUCGGAUUUCAGUUCGUAGAAAUAUCACGGGCGUUGGCUGUUUGUCAAAAUAACAACCCUAGCUGUUUAGAAAAAACGUAUCGCACUUAUUGGAAGGCUUUAUCUCCAGCAAGCUAGCUGGCUAACUAGCCAUAGAGUUAGUUUAGCUAGCAAACGUAGCUAGCUUCUGAGUCGGCUUCAAACGUUUUCUAAACAGCAUUGUCAACUACUAGUCUCAGAAGCUAUACAUUGGUUUAGCCCCCCAAAAGAGUCAUGGAAAAGGAUGCUUGUGUAGAGGAGGAUGCAUGUGUAGAGGAGCAGGAGAAUGGUGACACAGUGGUGGUGAAAGACCAUGUGGUCAAGGAAUCAACAGGACCAUCCCCUUACAGAUACACCAAGGAGCAGCUUUUGGAGAUAAAAGAUUUCCCAAUUUCUAAAGAAAGGCCAGACUGUCUUUCUGAAAAAUAUGACAGUGAUUGUGUUUGGGACCCUGAGAAGUGGCAUGCCUCGCUGUACCCCACCUCAGAGUGCAGCUCUCCUGUGGAUGGAUAUAAGAAGGACUUUGUGGAUGAUAGGGUCCCUCUAAAACGUAGAAUUGCAGAUCCCCGCGAGCGACUAAAGGAAGAUGACCUGGACGUGGUGCUCAGCCCCCAGCGUCGUAGCUUUGGAGGGGGCUGUGUUGGCAAUGCUUUGCCUGCACCCACCCGCCGCCCCAUCAGCCCCCUGGAGAAUAAGGAGAACGAGAGUCUCAGGCUGGGUGGUGCACGGCGCAUUGGCAGUGGCCGCAUCAUGGCGGCGCGAGGCUUUGAGAGGGAACCCCGCAUGGAGAAGGAACGGGACUUCAAAGAUAAGAGGUUCAGGCGAGACUUUGGGGACAAGCGUGUGUUCAGUGAGAGGAGAAGGAACGAAGCGGAAGAGGAGCCGGAGUGGUUCUCAGGGGGCCCAACCAGCCAAUCAGAGACUAUAGAGCUCAUUGGCUUUGACGACAAGAUCCUGGAGGAGGACAAGCGCAGACCCAAACGGUCCAGGAAGAGGACUGACUCUGUGAGAGAAGUGGAAUGUAAUGGUGGGCUUGCAGAGGAGCCGGAGCAGGUAGUAAAAGACUCCCACUCUACAGCAGACCAGGAGGUCCCACACCCAGUGGUCCUCCCAGAGCAGACAUCUGGAGACUUUGACUUCAAUGAGUUUUUCAAUCUGGAGAAGACCAUGCCAGGACUGGCCUCUGUAAGUCCUGGGGAGCACUGCAUGUUUAAGAUGAUAGAGGAUGUCCUGGGGGAGGGCCCUGUUUCGGCCAGCCGUUUCAGCCGGUGGUUCUCCAGCAACCUGAGUCCCUCGGGCAGCCGCUCCUCCAGCCUGCGCUCCACCCCUCAUGAGGAGCUGGAGAGACUGGCUGGGCAGGACCCCCGCUGCACGUCCCCCAACCAGAUGGGCCCUGUCCCCUACUUCACCCCCAUCCAGUCGGUGGAGCACCGGGACAAGGUGGACAUUCUGGAGCUGUUACACAAGGCCAAGAUAGACCUGAAGCCUCUCCUCUCGAGCCUCAACGUCAACAAACAACGGCUACAGCAGAGCACUAACUCUGGUGUAGUGCUCUCUCUGGAGGAGGUGGAGGGAGGCCUGAAGGGGCUAAAGGUGGGCUCUGAGCAGAACCACCAGUUUCAUCGGAAACUGCACCAGAAUCCGCAUCGGGGAGGAAUCAGAGGCAGCACCAGCAGUGGCACGCCCUUCAUGGCUGAGCACUUGGAGCAGGCUCUAACAGGCGGUGUAGGCCCCAGUGCAGGGCCGCCUAGGUCACAGGCCAGAGACCCUGACAUGUCAGCCUUCAACAAGCUGGUCAGCAGCAUGAAGGCAAGUGGAACUCUGCCUACCCACCCCAAAGCCAACCAAGUGAACAGCAACCUCAAUCAGGGCACAGAUCCUGCUAUAGUGCCCCUGCCUGAAGCCACAGUGCCUGCCCCAUCGCAGAGGAACGUAUUCCAGGAGCUUCUAGGUGCCCAGGGCCCUCCCCGUAGCGGCUCCCCUACCCUCCACAGCGUGCUAGGCAGCACUGACGCCCCUCCACCCCCUGGGCCUGGACUUCAGCACAGGGGGCCCUCGCCUCCACUCUUCCUACAGAGGGCACCUUUGCCUGACUACUUCCAUGGACGCAUGCGGCCACCCGCUGGGUACCCUGUUGGUGCGGCACCCAUGAUGGGGGAGCAGUUCCCAGAUAUGCAUAGAUCCCUCAGCCCUGGACAUGGACCCACCCUACACCAGCAACAGAUGAGGGCGAUGUCCAUGGCUGUGGACCAGGCUGACCUGGAGGCUCUGAUUAACCAGCAGGACCUUGCUCUCCAUGCCCACAAUGCCUUCCAGCCCGGUUACAACAAACUGCCUCCGAACAAGGUCUACCAACACAACAGGAUGAACCGAUCCCCUGGUCCAGGCACUCAUCCUGCAGGCAGACACUCCCCUGGCAACACAGUCACCAGCAUGCUGUCACCAUCUUUCGUGCCCACGUCUGUGAUCCGUAAGAUGUACGAGACGAAAGAAAAGAGUCGAGAUGAGCCAGGUAGUCGUCCAGACAGCAAGGAAGGCCACUCCCAAGAGGACAGGCGCUCUCCCAGCUCUUUUCUGGAUGGGAUAGGCAGUAGUGGUUCUCAGUUGGGAGGGGUGAAGGCCACCUCCCAGGCUCGCCAGGACCGCCCCAGGCCAGGCUCUGCCGGGCACCCCUGCCCCAUCUACCCGAUACCACUGCUAUCCCACGGACAUGUGCCCAUGGUGCGCCCCCCUCCGCCCCAGCUCCAUCCCAGCCUUGUGCAGAGGAUGCUGGCCCAGGGCAUCCAGCCACAGCAGUUAGGCCCUGCUCUGAUGCAGGCAGGCAUAUUUCCACAGCACGUUGACCUCGCUCAGCUUCAGGGUUUGCCCCCUGCCCUGCUAGGACAACCCCUCUACCCCCUAGGGGCGACAGGACACCCCCUCUUACCUCCCCGAGCCAGCAAUCACAUGCAGCUAAUGCAGCAGCAACCGAGACCAAUGCAUCCAUCAGUCCCAGGCCACCAGUCGCAGAACCUCGGCCCUGACCGGACGAGCCACUCCCAGCAACAUGGGGGUAGCCCCACUGGUGUGGGGGGAGCUGGUCUGUCUAAGUGGUUUGGCUCAGAUGUGCUGCAGCAGCCCCUUCCUUCCAUGCCUGCUAAGGUCAUAAGUGUAGAUGAACUGGAGUUCAAGCCCUGAGAAGAGUUUCAUACAACCAGAAUGCUGGAUAAUGGAAGACUUCAUUCCCCCCCCUCCUUUCUCCACCUCCCCAUUAACAAAAAAGGCUGACUUUAAUUUAAGACUAAGCACAGAUCCUGGAGAACGAGGAGUGUGUCCAUGUGUUUUCUUAAACCUUGAAGUCACUGUUAAGAGUUUUGAAGAGGCCUCAACUUAAGGGAAAGACUGAGUUCUAUAAGAUUUUUUUUCUUUUUUGCAGCAUGUUUUGGGAUAUGUUUUUCUAUCUUUUUUUUUUGCAGUAAAGAUGAAGUAAAUAAUUUAUAGGCCCAACAUUGUACAGACUGUAGGAAUGGAUCUGAUUCUUCUACCUGUACAUAAAUAUGAUUUUGUUUUCUUGGUAAGGGGAAGGUUGUAUCUUGAUGUUUAAGUGCGGACUGCCGCAGUCAGACGUAGUAGAGCUGUGAAGCGAGGGUAGUGGCGCGUCUUUGUCGUGUCCUGGUAGUUUUAUUUCCCCCCCAUGGAUUUGAACUGCACUGAGAAAGGGGUGACAAGUUCAAUGUUUGAUUGUGGAGUUGCCCUGCGUGUACCCUCAAAAGAUGUCCUCCCUACGGCUUGGUCAGUCGGUGCCACUGCCUGCCCUGUCUGGAAAGGUGACUGGAGUGUUACAGGGGGAACAGCAAGUGCUGGGUGUGCCUUUCUGACUCUCAAUUCAUCUUUCCAUGAUUAUUUGCAUCCCAUCGGCUCGCCUGCCUCCUUUUCAACAGUAUUUGAGAAGGUAUGAGGUCCCUUCUGUCGCACCUUCUCCAAUGUGUUUUUGAGAAGGUGAAAUGAUGCAAGGAAUUAAGGUAAGAUUUGAGAGCCCACAGCUUAUUUUUCUUUACUGCGUCCCUCCCCCUCUGCCAGUCACUGGAACAGAGAAGCACUUCUGAAUCACGUUAUCACAUAUUUGGCGGUAGGUGGUAGAGAUUCAGUUUGUUAAUGUGCUAUUAAGUUAUAAAAGCACAGAAUAAAUAAAAUGUUCAAUAAAAAAAAUGUAUCACAAUG